GGUCGGUCGGCUGUCCAGAAGUCCCAGUCGGUCCCAGUCACCAAACUGCCUCCUCCUCCCUUCUCGCUGUCUCGUUUCCCUCUUCACAUCGUCCUUUCCCUCGCCCCCCGUCUCACCACCGACGACCUAAAAUUUCCCGGCGGCGACGACGACGAUUGAGCUGCAUUUCAUCGCCCCCGACGCUCCAACAUCACUUAAGCAGCCUUCUUCGGCACGCACGCCCCUCUCGAUUAUUCAUUGCCAUCCUGGUCUCGACGACCCUUGAGCACAGCAUUCGGUCUGCGACGACCGUUUACAAAAGGAGAACACAUCCCGCCGAAGAUUACUGAUCUUCUGGGAUUCGUCUUUCUCCCCUAUUAACCGCAAACAUGACUACCAUGGAUCUCCGCGUCGGUAACAAGUACCGGAUCGGUCGCAAGAUCGGCUCUGGUUCUUUCGGUGACAUUUACCUCGGCACCAACAUCAUCUCCGGUGAAGAGAUUGCCAUCAAGCUGGAGAGCGUGAAGGCCAAACACCCUCAACUAGAGUACGAGGCCCGCGUUUACAAGUCUCUCGCCGGUGGCGUUGGUAUCCCCUUUGUCCGCUGGUUCGGCACUGAGUGUGACUACAACGCCAUGGUCCUCGACCUUCUUGGCCCCAGCUUGGAGGAUCUGUUCAACUUCUGCAACCGCAAGUUCUCUCUGAAGACUGUCUUGCUGCUUGCUGAUCAGCUCAUCUCCCGCAUCGAGUACAUCCAUGCCAAGUCGUUCAUCCACCGCGACAUCAAGCCUGACAACUUCCUUAUGGGGAUUGGCAAGCGUGGCAACCAGGUCAACGUGAUCGAUUUUGGUCUUGCCAAGAAGUACAGAGAUCCCAAGACUCACUUCCACAUUCCUUACAGAGAGAAUAAGAACCUUACUGGCACUGCCCGUUAUGCCUCCAUCAACACGCAUCUCGGCGUCGAGCAGUCUCGCCGUGACGACAUGGAGUCCCUUGGCUACGUCAUGCUUUACUUUUGCCGCGGCUCCCUCCCGUGGCAGGGCCUUAAGGCUGCCACCAAGAAGCAGAAGUACGACCGCAUCAUGGAGAAGAAGAUGACCACUCCUACCGAGGUUCUUUGCCGCGGCUUCCCCAACGAGUUUGCCAUCUACCUCAACUACACUCGUUCCCUCCGCUUCGAUGACAAGCCUGAUUACAGCUAUCUCCGCAAGAUCUUCCGUGACUUGUUCGUCCGCGAAGGUUUCCAGUAUGACUACGUCUUUGACUGGACCGUCUACAAGUACCAGAAGAACGCCCAGGCUAUCCAGCAGGCUGCUGGCAACUCCAGCCAGCCCCAGCCUGCGGACUCCAAGGAGGCGGCCCAGGCUGCUGCUCGUAAGGACCCUCAGCAGGCCCUGAGGAGCGGAUCCAGGAAGCCCAUGACCGGCGAGACACCUGAGACCAGCCGUGCCGUCGGUGGCAGCGACAGGAUGUGAGUUUGCCAGCCUAGCCCAGCAUUCCUAGUAAGGAAUCUUGUUUCCUUCGAGUUUGGUGUACUCAAUAACGCUGGCCGGAGGUAGAAUGCUGACAUGAUGGCUGACGUUCAGUUUGCGAUAAUAGGCUGCGCUCGGCUGCUAAAGGUCAAGGCGCUGGCUCCGGACAUGUGGCCGGCAGGUAUCGUCCUAUGGAAUGAGACUGCGGUUGCUCGCACAUGGUAUCUACUUGGAACAAGAUCUUCGGCGGGUUGUUGGAGUAGCAGAUUGCGCAUUGGUCAAAUGGUUUGAUUCCUGCACCCGCCUUUCGUCAUCCAACGUCCCUCGAGCGUCUGGAUGGAGUGGAAGCGGAUGGCUGUACCUGGCCAGCACCAUCGACCGAUGCAUCUCCUCUACACAGCCAGACGGAUUACUUGCGACAGAUUGCUUCUCUUCGUUCUUCGGCAUCUCUAUCAGUUACUGCCCUUAUUCAUGGCUCGGACGGAUCUUCGGUUUAUGGCGGCAGUGCAGUUCGACUCUUGGUCGAAUCUGUCUUGCUCCUAUUUGACCGCAGACCUUACGAACGGCAUGCCCAGUAUCCCGGAUUCCUGGGGUGCUGAAGUUGGAGACCUUGGCCUUUCCAUGGGCCGAGGUUUAAAAUGCCGUCGGAAUUGCAGCAGCGGUCAUGAGAUACGGCUUGAUCAAGACGGGCCAUUUAUGGCAAAAGUCUCGUUCGAGUCAUGUCGUUGCGAGAUAACAAUAAGCAUCUUCCCAGUCGGCAUCCCGUUUCCCAUUGUUUUGUUUUCGUUUACUAUCAUGCACGAUUUCCUUUUGGUGUGUCAUUUCUCUCGCAUCGGGUCUCGCUUGUGGGGAGGCAUUAGGGGACGAAGCGUUGCACCUUUUUGCGAAAGUCAUAUACAUCAAUUGUUGGUCAGUUGGUAUUAGCUUGGAAUCAUGUAGCAGAGUUCAGGUCACGGGGUGGUUAUUGGUCUAUGGCGCCUAUGUGCCAAAGUUUCCGUCCAGACGAUGGAGAUUUCGUGAAUGCGGCCACUGCUCAGUGACACGGCGAGGUCCUAAGUUCGAUCGGCUGGAGGUUCUGGGUUGGACAAGCAGAGAUAGCCUCUUAGCUCAUGCUCGAAGAUUCCUGGACGCAUCUGCUGGCGCGGUGGCUUUCCAUAUCGACACGAUGGUUACGCGUUCACGACCUCGUACCCAAAUCGAAAUAUCAGGAGCACCGCAUAUAGAGAAGGGCACCUUUCAGCCGCCUGCUUUUGUGGGAGAGCUUUGACCUUGGGAUAUUUCGGGGACUUGGCUGACAUCAUGGAGACAAGACGGAUAUGACUGGUAUACACCACGUGGAAAGAGCUCGGGCAACAUGAAAUUCAAGCUAGUUCUCCUAAUACACGUCUCAUAUCUUAGCCCAAUUGGACCGUUGCCGAAGUUGUGUCUGCGUGCAUAUAGCUUCCAUGAGCAAGAUAAACGUGCUGUUCUGCAGUUACCUAAUUCUCUUGUCUGUCCAAAUGGGGUUAUUGAUUACAUGUGCUGGUGAAGCCACCGACGGCUCAGCCUUGAUUACCAGCGUACGGGCUGGCCGAAUUGACCCUAAGACAAGCAAAACAGCGGUGUCUGAAAGAGGCUGUAAUGUCUACGUCACACCUCUGGUCCAAUCACAACAUUUCCAAUCCUACCAUGGCUUUAGGGCCUGUGUACCGCGGCGAUGGGAACAUGAUAGAUAUGAUAAUAAAUACAAAAGUAAAUAAAAAG